AUGGAAGAAUCAAUCGUAAUAGAAGAUGCAAAACCGACAGUAAUUAAAAAAAAUAAUAUUUGUUCAUGGCUUCGACGUAUCGUUAAUAUUGAUGAUGAACCAAAUCAAAAACAUUAUUAUGCUGUAUUCAUCAUUGGUACAGGUGCUUUACAGGUAUUUAUUUAUCUCUUAACAUAUAUCAACAUUAUUUGGAAAGGUGAACGUUUUUGGUUUACAUUAUCUUGUCUUUUCAUGUUUUUUGUUCCAUGUAUGCGACCAACCAGUGAUUAUGAUGAUAGACACAAAGGUAUAUGUUUCUCUUUCAUGUAUCCACAUCAACUAUGGAGAUUUUUUACUGCUGUUCUGUUCCAUAUGAGUUGGUAUCAUCUAUUAAGCAAUAUUUCGAAACAGCUCCUUUAUGGAUUUCUACUAGAACGUAAAUAUGGUUCAGUUCGUGUAGUUAUUUUAUAUUGGCUUUCAAAUCUCAGUGCUUGUUUAAGUUUCAUGCUGAAAAAUAGAAACAUAGCUAGUAUGGGCGCUUCCGGUUCUAUUUAUGGUCUAAUGAUAUUCUUCGUUAUGGAUCGACUUGUUGCUAUACAAGAAAAGACCAAACGUCGUUUGUUCAUACUUUUGCAAAUAUUCUUACUGGUGAUACUUCCUAAUGUCCCAACUAUGAUUGUAUUUAGUAUUCUGGAGCUUCCAGUAGGACAUUCAGCUCAUUUUGGUGGUGGUUUAGUAGGUUUUUUACUCGGUGUUGCUGAGAUUACAUCGGAAACAGAUUCGAUCAAUUCUCGUAUGGACUUUGGGUUUCCAUGUGCACGAUUUCGUCUAAUUCAACGUUUGAAUAAAAAUCAGAAGAGAAAUCGACUCGCAAGUGCUUUUUUUGCCGGUUCAAGUUGGACACUGAUCUACAGUGGCAGUACUGGUCUUGAGACGGAUCCUGGUCGAUACACAUGUGCAAUGGUACAAUUGAUUGAUAAUUCAAUUCAAUAUAGGAGUUAUCGAUUUCUUGUCACAGGCAAGCGUUCAACAUCAUAUAGUGUACAAUAUUCUGAAGUGAUCUUGUUCGGAUAUUAA